GUCCAGCGCCAUGGAGAGCAGCGUGGUGCACAUCUUCAAGGAGGAGCGGUGUCCCUCUGGCCAGCCGGAGGAGUGCGUCCCAAACUUCCCCUGGCAGCCCGGCUCCCCGGACCUCUUCAACUACACACCCAACGGCACAUGGGACGCCGAGCCCGAGCCCCUGUCGCCCAUCAUCCCCAUCAUAGUGGCGGUGUACUCCGCGGUGUUUGUGGUGGGCUUGGUGGGCAACUGUCUGGUGAUGUAUGUCAUCAUCAGAUACACCAAAAUGAAAACAGCCACCAACAUCUAUAUCUUCAACCUGGCCGUGGCCGACGCCCUGGUCACCACCACCAUGCCCUUCCAGAGCACCGAUUACCUGCUCAGCUCCUGGCCUUUUGGCAAGGUGGCGUGCAAAGUCUUCAUCUCCAUCGAUUACUACAACAUGUUCACCAGCAUCUUCACCCUGACCAUGAUGAGCGUGGACCGCUACGUGGCCGUGUGUCACCCGGUCAAGGCCCUGGACUUCCGCACGCCCGUCAAGGCCAAGAUCAUCAACGUGAUCAUCUGGGUGCUGUCGUCUGCCGCCGGGAUCCCUGCCAUGAUACUGGGCAGCACUCAAACCAAUAACGGAACCACAGAAUGUGCCCUACAGUUCCCGGAGCCCUACAUCUACUGGGACACGCUUAUGAAGAUCUGUGUCUUCAUCUUCGCCUUCGUGGUGCCUGUCAUCAUCAUCACCGUCUGCUACACGCUGAUGGUCAUGCGGCUGAAGAGCGUGCGCCUCCUGUCGGGCUCGCGGGAGAAGGACCGCAACCUCCGCCGCAUCACGCGCCUGGUGCUGGUGGUGGUAGCCGUCUUUGUGGUGUGCUGGACGCCCAUCCACAUCUUUAUUCUGGUCAAGGCCCUGUCCGCCAACGUGCCCGAGACCACCGCCGUCAUGGCCGCUUACUUCUUCUGCGUGGCACUUGGCUACACCAACAGCAGCCUCAACCCCAUCCUCUAUGCCUUCCUCGAUGAGAACUUCAAGAGGUGCUUCAGGGACUUUUGCUGCCAUGGGACGAAGGGACACAGGGACUGCCAGGGGGUGAGCCGGGUGAGGAGCACCCUGAGGGACCACUCGUGUCCCACAGACGCUCAUGGAGGUAUGAGACAGGCCAGGCCCGUAUGA